CAAUGUUUGACAAAGAACCUUUCCAGAUACACUGCAGAUAUUAAGUCAUUGCCACCCAACAUAAAGGAUAAACUGAUUAAAUUAAUGAGUAGUCAAGGGCAAAUAACGGAUUCAAAUAUCAGUGAGGUAUUGCACCCUACUGUAGAGUCUCUAGACCUCCGAGACUGUGAUAUUUCAGAUAAUGCAUUAUUGCAGCUUUAUAACUGCAAGCAACUGAAAAAAAUCAACUUAAAUUCUUGCAAAGAAAACAGAUUGGGAAUCACUUCAGAAGGUGUCAUAGCACUGGCCUUAUCCUGUCCUUACUUGCGUGAAGCGUCUUUUAAAAGGUGCUGUGAUAUAACUGACAGUGGAGUUCUUGCACUUGCGCUCAACUGCCAAUUCCUACAAAUAGUGAACUUGGGCAGCUGUUCAGGCAUCAUGGAUGCAUCUCUGCAGGCACUAGGAGAAAACUGCAAAUUUCUUCACAGUGUGGACUUUUCGUCUACUCAGGUAACAGAUGAUGGCGUUGUAGCACUUGUAAGUGGAACGUGUUCAAAGACUUUAAAGGAGAUCCACAUGGAACGCUGUGUGAACCUGACGGAUGUUGCUGUGGAAGCAGUCCUUACUUGUUGUCCGAAGAUACACAUUUUUCUGUUCCAUGGAUGCCCAUUGGUGACAGAUCGUUCCCGAGAUGUUUUAGAACAGCUAGUCAUAUCAAACAAAAUCAAGCAAGUAACAUGGACUGUUUACUGAUUGUUUAUUGUGUACAUAUGAGUGUAAAGUUUACAGAUGGGAUAGCUCUUUCUCUUUCUUGGAGAAAUAGCUGGUGACUUUGGUACCACCAGAUUGUUUCACUCCUUGUUCCCACCAGAGGUCUCCAUCACCAUUCCAGUCCUUGCCUGGUCACCAAUCAGCACUUCAGUUUGCUGAAUCCUGAUGCAUUUCCUCAGCCAGUGAUGCAGAUCAUCAGCAAGUUGUUCAUCAUAAAACAUAUCUCCUAGAACAAUGAGGUCCCAGUUGCCAGCCUCUGAAUUAAUGAUGUUCUUAAUGAUGAUGGGGAAGGGAUUCAGGUGGUUCAGUUCACAGUUCAAGAUCAUUGCCGUUCCUGCAACUGAAGAAAAAUUCCAAGUAAAAUGAAAGUUAUGGUUUGGGAUUCU